AUGUCCUCGAAAUCCCAUCUGCCCUACGCCACUCGCGCGGCUAACCACCCAAACCCGCUCACCGCGAAACUCUUCUCCAUCGCCGAGGAAAAGAAGACCAACGUCACCGUCUCCGCAGACGUAACUACAUCCGCUGAGCUCCUCGACCUCGCUGACCGCCUCGGCCCCUACAUCGCCGUCCUCAAAACGCACAUCGACAUCCUCGACGACCUCACCCCCUCAACUUUCUCCGACCUCCAAGCCCUCGCGCAAAAGCACAACUUCCUAAUCUUCGAAGACCGCAAGUUCAUCGACAUCGGCAACACAGUCCAGAAGCAGUACCACGGCGGCGCCCUGCGCAUCUCCGAAUGGGCGCACAUCAUCAACUGCGCCAUCCUCCCCGGUGAGGGAAUCGUCGAGGCCCUCGCGCAGACAACCCAAGGGGCCGACUUCAAAGACGCAAACGAGCGCGGUCUUCUUAUCCUCGCUGAGAUGACGAGUAAGGGAUCCCUGGCGACGGGCGAGUACACUGAGCGCUCGGUCGAGUACGCACGGAAGUACAAGGGAUUUGUGAUGGGUUUCGUGAGCACGAGGGCACUUAGCGAGGUGCAGGCUGAGAAGAAGGAAGACGGCGAGGACUUUGUGGUCUUCACGACUGGCGUCAAUCUGUCGGAUAAGGGAGACCAGCUUGGGCAGCAGUACCAGACGCCGGAGUCGGCUGUGGGACGGGGAGCGGACUUUAUCAUUGCGGGUAGGGGUAUCUACAAAGCUGCUGAUCCCGUUGAGGCGGCCAAGCGGUAUCGUGAUGAAGGAUGGGCGGCUUACCAGAAGAGGGUUGGUCUGUGA